CCCCAACGGCUCGAGGAGAGACCUUUCGCAUGCACAAUCCAGCUUAGUUUUCUCUAACAAGCAGACGCACACGUCCCGGUCUCAUGAUGAUGUGCGAGGUGAUGCCCACCAUCUCCGAGGACGGGCGAAGCGGGGCCGGCGGGGGCUCAAGCUCGCCCGCCGGCGCAGGAGUCGGGGGCGGGGGCGCCGUCGGGUCCGGCGGCUUCGGCGCCAGGGAAGCGAGGGGCGGAGGAGACGAGGGCGGCAGCACGGGGAACCUGGAGUCGCUGAUGGUCAACAUGCUGACGGAGAGGGAGAGGCUCCUGGAGAACCUGAGGGAGACGCAGGACUGCCUGGGCACGGCCCAGCUGCGCCUCCGCGAGCUCGGUCACGAAAAAGAGUCCCUUUCCCGCCAGCUGUCCAUCGCUCUGCCGCAGGAGUUCGCCGUGUUGACUAAAGAGCUGAACGUCUGCCGGGAGCAGCUUCUGGAGCGGGAGGAGGAGAUCGCUGAGCUCAAGGCGGAGAGGAACAACACGCGCUUGUUGCUGGAGCACUUGGAGUGUUUGGUUUCCCGUCACGAGCGCAGUCUGAGGAUGACCGUGGUGAAGAGACAAGCCCAGUCCCCGGCGGGGGUCUCCAGCGAGGUGGAAGUCCUCAAGGCCCUCAAGUCUCUGUUUGAGCACCACAAGGCCCUGGAUGAGAAGGUCCGCGAGAGGCUCCGCGUGGCCCUGGAGAGGGUGUCCUUGCUAGAGGACCAGCUCGCAUCGUCAUCUCAAGAGGUAAUCUCUUUAAGAGACCAAAUUAAAAGACGUCAACAAGGCGUGGACGGCGGGAAAGAUCGAUUACCCAACGGCCCCUCCGCCGGCCUGGAGGACAGCGAGUUGGAGCGACAGCGAGAAGGAGAGAUAGAGCGGCAGAGAGCUGAGCUCUCCCAGCUGAAGGAGAGGCUGGCCCUCAUGUGCCGGCAGGUCGGGGAAAUAGAGGAGCAGCUUGCAGCCGCCAGGAGGGAGGUGACGAAGUCCGAGGAGGCCAAUCAGAAGCUCCAGAGGGAAGUGAAAGAGGCCCUUUGCCAAAGGGAGGACAUGGAGGAGAGGAUCACGACACUAGAACGCAGGUACCUCAGCGCCCAGAGGGAGGCGACUUCUCUCCACGAUAUCAAAGACAAGCUGGAAAAUGAGCUGGCAAGCAAGGAAUCGCUGCACCGACAGAGUGAAGAGAAGAACAGACAGCUGCAGGAACGUCUAGACGAAGCCAAGCAGAAGCUCCAGCUGACCCUGCAGAGGGCGGAGACGCUGCCGGAGAUCGAGGCCCAGCUGGCCCAAAGGGUCGCGGCCCUCAACAAGGCGGAGGAGCGCCACGGAAACUUUGAGGAGCGGCUACGGCAGAUGGAAGCUCAGCUCGAGGAGAAGAACCAGGAGCUCCAGAGGGCGAGGCAGAGGGAGAAGAUGAACGACGAGCACAACAAACGCCUCUCGGACACGGUGGACAAGCUUCUGUCGGAGUCCAACGAGAGACUGCAGCUCCACCUGAAGGAGAGGAUGGCGGCGCUAGAGGAGAAGAACGCUCUUUCAGAGGAACUGUCCAACAUGAAAAAAAUCCAAGAUGAUCUUAUAGCUAAUAAGGAGCAACUCCUUGCCGAGCUGGAGCGAAUCCAGGUGGAGCUGGACCAGCUGAGAGGCCGGCCCGGCGCUUCUUAUUCCAGGGCGGGCAGCGUGAGCUCCCUUCCCUCCACCCUUUUCCGGAGGUCUCUCCCGGGGAGCGCCUCGGAGCUGCGGUACCCCCAGGGCGGGGGCUCGCUCCCUUCCGGCUACAGCAACUCCCCCGGCGGCGUGGUGGUCAGGCGAGCCCACCGGGGCCGCUGGGGGGCUCCCAGGGACGACAGCAGCAAGUACGGAGAGUGGGACGGCGGCGGCAUGCUCGGCGCCGGGUUCGAGGGCGGGGACGGGGGCUGCUCCGACGACGAGGACGACCAGGACACUCUGUUCGGGUCGGAGCUGCUCUCCCCCAGCGGGCAGACGGACGUGCAGACUCUGGCCAUCAUGCUGCAGGAGCAACUGGAGGCCAUCAACAAGGAGAUCAAGCUGAUCCAAGAGGAAAAGGAAAACACGGAGCUGAGGGCGGAGGAGAUCGAGAGCCGCGUCAGCAGCGUGGCGCUCGACGCCUCGCCCCUGCCCCCGUCCUCCCUGGGAGGGCGGGACAGCGUGGGCAGGGGGUACAUGACUCCCUCCAUCACCUCCUCCACGCUGGCCUCGCCCUCGCCGCCCAGCUCCGGCCACUCCACGCCGCGCCUGCCCCAUUCGCCCGCCAGGGAGACCGACAGACAGAACAGCAAAGACGGAGAGGAAUGCCGAGCGCUCGCGCUGAUCGACUCCAACCCGCCGUCCGUGCCUCGAGCCCUGCGAUUGGAGCGCAUGACACACACCCACCCGGGGGCCGGGCUCGACGACCUCCGCGAAUUCCGCAGUCUCUCUGCAGACGGCUCCACCACCGCCAGCCAGGAUUCCCUCCACAAAGCCAGCAAAAAGAAAAGCAUCAAGUCGUCCAUCGGUCGCCUCUUCGGCAAAAAGGAGAAGGGGCGGAUCGGGGGGCAGGGGCGCGAGUCCUCCUCUCUGGCCUCCACGCCCUCCGACGACCUGGGUUCGGCCGACCCGUUGGGCCUGGCUAAACUCGGGACCGGAACGGUGGAGAAAGACCGCCGCAGCAAAAAGAAACACGACCUGCUGGAGGAGGCGUGUCGCCAGGGCCUGCCGUUCGCCUCGUGGGAUGGCCCGACCGUGGUCACCUGGCUCGAGCUGUGGGUCGGGAUGCCGGCGUGGUACGUGGCGGCGUGCCGCGCCAACGUGAAGAGCGGCGCCAUCAUGGCCAACCUGUCGGACACGGAGAUCCAGCGGGAGAUCGGCAUCAGCAACCCGCUGCACCGGCUCAAGCUCCGCCUGGCCAUCCAGGAGAUGGUGUCCCUCACCAGCCCGUCGGCGCCUGCGAGCACGCGCUCUUCGACUAGUAACAUCUGGAUGACACAUGCCGAGAUGGAGUCCCUCACUGCCGCCACCAAGCCAGAGCAGAAGGAGUUCAGCUGGGACCAGAUCCUGGCCUACGGGGACAUGAACCACGAGUGGGUGGGAAACGAGUGGCUGCCCAGCCUGGGUCUGCCCCAGUACCGCUCUUACUUCAUGGAGUCACUGGUCGACGCCCGGAUGCUCGAUCACCUGACCAAGAAGGAGCUGAGGGGCCAGCUGAAGAUGGUGGACAGCUUCCACAGAGUGAGCCUCCACUACGGCAUCAUGUGCUUGAAGCGCUUGAACUACGACAGGAAGGAGCUGGAGAGGAGGAGGGACGAGAGUCAGCACCAGAACCAAGAUGUGAUGGUGUGGUCCAACGAGCGGGUCAUGUGUUGGGUGCAGUCCAUUGGCCUGAAAGAGUUUGCCGACAAUCUGUUGGAAAGCGGCGUGCACGGCGCUCUGCUGGCGCUCGACGACACCUUCGACUACACGGACCUGGCCCUCCUCCUCCAGAUACCCAACCAGAACACACAGGCGAGGCAGGUCCUGGAUAAGGAGUACAAUGCUCUCAUCUCCAUGGGAACCGAGAGGAGGCCAGACGAGGACGGCACGAAACCUUUCACCCGCUCGCCGUCAUGGAGGAAGAUGUUCCGAGAGAAAGACCUCCGCGGCGUGACCUCCGACUCCUCGGAAACGCUGCCCGCCAACUUCCGUGCCUCCGCCAUCUCGACCCCCUCCGUCACUCUGAGAAAGGUCCAGAGCGAAGUAGGUCCUAGAGGAGAGUCGGGGUCCGUGAGGACGUAUUCUUGCUGAAAGAUAAGCACACCAGGUGAGAAGGAACGAGCCUCCGAUGAUUGUAUCUGUGGCUAAACAUAGCGCCUGUGUGAACACCAUAUCAAACAUCUCCCCUCAGCGGGAGCUUUCACAGUUCCUGCGUGUUUUGUUCCAUUUUUUAGAACCACCUCUUUGCUAACCAACGGGGGGGGGGGGGGGGGGGGGGAGAAAAAAAAAAACACUUUUGGAGAAAACCCCCGAGGAAUGAAAAGUAGAAAAAAUGGACACUAGAAGAUGAUCAACAACAUUUAAGUGAGAUUUCUUGAAGAAUCAAAGACACUGAGUAAAUGGUUUCUUAGAAAAUGAUCAAAUAAUGAGUGACUGUGUGUUUAUCCAUCUGUUUCUCUCUCUCUCUCUCUCUCUCUCUCUCUCUCUCUCUCUCUCUCUCUCUCUCUCUCUCUCUCUCGCCCCACCCUGAUCCAUAGUUGUGGCAUGAUUCCGUUUGACUCUGUAGAAAGUGGCCUGUAGACAGUGACCAUCACCUGUUGUGAAUACAUCUUCUGUUUUUUUGAGUGUGAGGCGGCAAUAUUGACACAAUGAAUUUAUAGUUUUUUGAAAUGUAAAAACUGCAUUCCUGUUGAGGUGGAGAGAAAGAUGCCCCGUCAUCACAUCCUUUUCAGGUGACCUUACUAUGAUUUAGACGCUGGAACGUGGAGGUGAUAGAACAUACCCUGGCGAGUAGAAACACACACACACCAUUGGAGUUUGGGAAGAGCUUUGUUCAAAGUGAGGAAAAUUAAAUGUAUGUUCUUAAGCCAUAACAGACGUGAGAUGCACAAAUGUGAAUAGAACGGACAAUGAGACAAAAUCCGGUUCAAAGUGAGGGAAAAAAAAAAAAAAGAA